AGGUUACUUUCGUUGUUUGAUUGUUUCAUAGUUAUGAAAAAAGUUUUAAGGAUGAUGCCUGCCGUGGGAGCUGACUACCAAAGAUUCAACACUGCAGAAAUGAAAUCUUAGAGGACAAUGGUGCUUUUUUUCUGGUGCUUUCUAUUGUUCAUGACAAGAGCAGAAACUGGUGACAUGACUAUUACUGAAUGCCUUAGAAAGCAUACUGAUGUGAGGUAUAGGGCCAUCACCAACCAGAAAUUUGUUGUAUCAUGUGACCUACCAUCUGAAGACACCACAUCAAUUUACAACCAUUCUCUUCUUAAUGAAAACCAGGUGAAGUGGUUCUGGCAAUCCAGUGAUGGAGGAGCCAAUAUGAUUCUCAGUAAUAAAACCACCAAUCUUACUCCUUGGGGAAACUCACUUUGGUUUAACCCAAUAAAAGCUGAACAUUCUGGAAUAUACAUCUGUAUGAAAAGGGAUAACGUAUCACCAUGUGUCAAGAUUUUAGUAGCUGUUCAAACAAAAGUUAUGGCUAAUUGUUCAGAUUACGAUGGAAAUGACAUUUACCUAUUUGUGGAGGAAGGAAGAUCUAUUGGUUGCCCGGGGAAAAGUUGUUACUCUAAUUUUCCACAAUCUUCAGUAAAAUGGUACAAGAAUGGAAUACAAGUAAAACUUCAAAAGAAAAGACCGGGCUUACAAUUCCUCCAUGAUAAACUGAAGUUGCGUUCUGUGUAUGAUAAAGAUAAUGGUACUUAUACAUGUGAUUACAUGUUGACUGACUACAAUAUGCAAUGGAAAAUGAGAACAAUAGUAAAUGUGCACGUUAUAUCAGAAGACACUAUUCAUCCUCCAAAGGUUUUGAAUCCCAGUGGUGGGACAACCCUUGAAGUAGAAAUUGGUCAACCGAUUGAUCUUGAAUGCAAAGUGCAAUUUGGUUUUGAAAGGAAACCUUCCUCUUCACUACAGUGGUACCGAGAAACCAGUAAAAGCAAGCAACUGAUACAGCAAAAGAGGUAUCAUCCACAGGGACCGGAAGGGCGAACCUUUACUCUUACCUUCAAACUGAUAAAAGUAACAGAAGAAGAUUUAAACAGCCACUUCAUCUGCUUGGCUCAGAACUCUAUUGGGAAUGCCACUGGAGUGAUCAAACUUAAGAGGCAAACAGAAAAAGCAAUGCAUUUCUUGCUUACUUUGUGUUGCACCAUUAUAACACUACUUGGAGUAGUUUCAGGAGGACUGCUGGUUUAUAAGCACUGGAUUGAACUAGUACUGUUCUAUCGGAAUUACCUAGCCAAAGAUGAAACUCUGAAUGAUUGGAAGGAAUUUGAUGCUUUUGUUUCCUAUGCAAAACCAGAGAUCGCUGAAGCCAACCAGGAACUGCACACUGAGGAGCAGCUAGCUCUAGAGUUCCUUCCACUCAUUUUAGAAAAUGACUAUGGAUAUAAGCUAUGUCUCAUGGAAAGAGACAUCCUUCCAGGGGGAGCAUACACCGAAGACAUUGUAAAUGCUAUGAAAAAGAGCAGGCGGGCAAUCAUCAUCUUGAGUCCAAACUACGUUAAGAGUAGCCAGGCUCUCUUUGAACUUGAAGCAGCAAUCAACACUGCCCUGGAAGAUAAAACCAUGAAACCCAUCCUAAUACAGGUUGAGACUUAUCAGGAGCCACAUUCAUUACCUCCUAAGGUGAAGAAAGCCCUCAGGAUCUUGCCCAGGAUUACCUGGAGAACAUCUACCUCUCCUACAGCUAAUAAGCAGUUCUGGAAGAAAUUACGGUAUCACUUGCCAGUGAAACAUAGCAACAGUGGGGGGGACAAGUGGCCUUCAUUUUCCCCCAGCUCUUGCUGGUGUUGGUGACAGGGAAUGAGGGAGAGAGAAAAAAUGGACGAUCAAGUAGAGAAUGAUAGGGUAGGGGCCAUAGCUCAGUCAUACACAAGCCCCUCCAGCUAUAAAUGAUUAUGAGAUGGUAAAAUUGGGGAUCUGAGAAAGAUUCAUUGGCAUCUUAUUUCAGAGUUUUCUAAUAUGACUGUUUUAACUGAAACUCUGAAAUUUGUAAUUGUGAUCCAUUUUACCAAUUAAGGAAAAAAGUCCAUUGAGGAAAAUCUCAUUCAAAGUAUAUAUUGGAGGAAAUUAGAAAAAUAUGCACAUUAGAUAACAAUUGUGAAAUGAAAUGAGUUUGUUAAGUUACUGAUAUGAAAACAGGAUGAACAACAUUUAUGCAUAGAAAAAUGAGAAGUAUGGAGAAACCAAAUUGGACAAAUUCAGCCAUCUCUAAGUGGGCUUUGUAAGCUACUAGGUCAAUUAGUGAUCAUUCCCAGUUUGCAUUUUAACAACUUUGCAUUUGCUUUUUCACAAACAGUAAUAUAUUAUUAUUAUUUAAUGCAGUAUUUUGCAAUAUUUUGUAAAAUGUGCCCGGGCCUGGGGCCUGAGUGUGUUAAGGGCCCCGUUUCUUAGCUGUAUUAACUACUAUGGCAAUAGUUUUA